GGGUUUUGAUCAACACUUUCGAUCAUGGCUGCCGUAGACGUGGAAGAUGAGAGUAUCCUGGCCUCGAUCUUCAAAGACAGCUUUCCUGAGAACUGGAGCGAGAACCCGGACUUCGCGGCGUAUUUGUCGCAGCUGAGCUCGUGCAGUGUGGACGAGUUGAACCGGGAGCCCGAGCGUCUGGCGGAGGAGCGGGCGCAGAUCCUGCAGCAGACCCGAGAACUGGCCUUCACCAACUACAAGACGUUCAUCAGGACCGCGGACUGCACGCAGCACAUCUACGCUGACUUCAGCACGGUGGAGAACUGCCUCUCUAAACUACUGCACAAACUCCCCAGCUUUACUGAGAGAUGCGGAGGUUUUAUUAAGGAGGCAGAGGAGAUCAGCGUCAGCAGGCGUAUAAACAGCCUGACACUGAAUCGACACACUGAGAUCUUGGAGAUUCUGGAGAUCCCUCAGCUGAUGGACACGUCUGUGCGUAACGGAUACUAUGAGGAGGCGCUGGAGCUUGCUGCUUAUGUGAAGAGACUGGAGAAAAAACAUUCAUCACUUCCUGUCAUUCAGGGAAUUGUGCAUGAGGUUCGACUGUCUGCUCAGCUCAUGCUGAACCAACUUCUUCAACAACUGCGUAGUAAUACACAGCUCCCGGUUUGUCUGCGCGUGAUCGGAUACUUGCGCAGAAUGGACAUUUUCACCGAAGCCGAGCUGCGUGUCAAGUUCCUGCAAGCCCGUGGAAGUUGGCUGCGCUCUAUUCUCGCCGCCGUCCCGGAUGAAGACCCUUACUUCCACAUUACCAAAACCAUCGAAACCUGCCGCGUGCAUCUCUUCGACAUCAUCACCCAGUAUCGUGCCAUAUUUUCAGACGAGGAUCCGUUGCUGCUGCCCGGUGGUCAGGCGUUGAACGAGAGCGCCAUCUUUCACGGCUGGGUGGUGCAGCAGGCGGCGCAGUUUUUGGAGACCCUCGAUCGGGACCUCCAGCGUGGUGUGGGAAGCCGCUUGGACUCUCUGCUCGGCCAGUGCAUGUACUUCGGCCUUUCAUUUAGCCGGGUUGGGGCGGAUUUCCGUGGCCAACUCGCUCCCAUAUUUCAGCAGGUUGCCAUGGACACAUUCCGGAAGGCUGUUCAGGAAGCGGUGGACAAGUUCCAAGAGGAUAUUAACUUGUACACGCUGAUUUCUCUGCCGUCCAUACUUGGAAGCACCAUUCCUCCGGCGGUCCUGAGCACCCAGCCGGGCACACUGCAGCCCCCCAUGGCCCUGCUGGAUUUCCCACCUCUAGCCUGCUUCCUCAAUAACGUCCUGACAGCCUUCAAUGACUUACGACUGUGCUGCCCUAUUGGACUCGCACAAGAAGUUAGCAGAUGUGUUGAGGAAGCCCUUUUUAAGGUGACCAAGCUGAUCCUGGUUUUCCAUCGAGCCGAGGAAUCUGCCUUCAGUAGCCGUGAACGGGAUUUAUUUGUUCAGUUCUGCAGUGCAUUUGCUGAAGACAUGGUGCCAUUCUUGAACCGAUGUUUACAGGUUCUCUUUCCUCCAGCCCAGCUUGCUCUCGUGCUAGGUGAAUAUCUUCAGGAUAACAUCGACAUUUUUAUGCAGCUUAUCUAA